AUGGACCAUCAGGAUGCGGACAAGUCGGCCAGUGACCCUGCUAAGCUGGAGGAAAAGACUGGGCACCCAUACGGGGGUGGUCUGCCAGGUCUCGGCGAUGUUCGUGCUGCUGACGGCUCUUCGCUGCGCGGCGGUGAGGAUGUUCUUGCGCUUCAGGACCUCGACCCGGCCCUGAAUAUGAAGAUGCACUUGGUCAACAACGCAAUCGACGAGAUUGGCUGGACCCCGUACCACCUCAAGCUUUUCUUCCUCAACGGCUUCGGAUAUGCAGUGGACUCCAUGAUUCUCCUUUUCCAGUCCAUCAUCGCACGGCCGGCGUAUCGCGAGUUCCACAGCGGCUACGCAAAUGCCCUCACCAUUGCCGUGUACUGUGGUUCGCUCUCAGGAGCCCUCUUCUGGGGAUUUAGUGCCGAUAUCAUCGGCCGCAAGUACGCCUUCAACAUCACUCUCUUCAUGUGCUCCGUAUGCUGCAUCGUGGCUGGCGCCAUGCCCAGUUGGCCAAGUCUAGCUCUCGUCAUUGCACUUUUGGGUUUCGGUGGAGGAGGCAACUUGAUCAUGGACACGACCGUUUUCCUCGAGUAUCUCCCCGGUAACAAACAAUGGCUCCUGACGUUUCUUGCUUGUUGGUGGGGGUUUGGCCAGGCCAUUACAGGAUUCAUUGGCUGGGGAUUCCUGGUCCCGGACAAGUGGAAUUGCAGUGCGGAUGCUGCGUCUUGCUCCAAGGCUGACAACUGGGGCUGGCGGUAUUGUCUCUUCACGGGGGGGGCACUAGUUCUGGUCAUGUCUCUGCUCCGAAUCACCGUGGUCCGGCUGCGGGAGACUCCAAAGUACCUCCUGGGUAUGGGCGAGGACGAAAAGGUCAUCGAGACCUUCCAUUACCUGGCCAGCAAGUACAACCGUCCCUGUUCCUUGACACUGGAGAAGCUCCAGGCAUGUGGAACCAUUCAAGCAGUGAAAAACUCAAAGGGUAUCUCGUUGCCGAGGUCUCUUGUGCAUUUCAGUGGUCUUUUUUCAAGCAAAAAGACUGCCAUCUCUACUCUCAUGGUUUGGCUUUCCUGGACUCUCAUCGGUCUGGCGUACCCGUUGUUUUACGUCUUCCUGCCUACUUACUUGGAGAGUCAUGGCUUAAAGUUCCACCGGACGCAGUUUGAAACUUGGCGUAAUUAUGCCAUAACCAACAUCUGCGGCAUUCCCGGUCCCAUUAUUGCUGGGCUCUUGUGCAACACGAGAAUCCUUGGGAGAAAGUAUACCAUGAGCAUCGGCGCAUUGAUAACCAUGGCAUUUUUCUUCGCUUACACGGCUGUGAACACCGCGGUGCAGGAUUUGACCUUUACCUGCUUGAUUGCGUUUUCCCUCAACAUUUACUAUGGCACCCUUUAUGCAUACACACCAGAAGUACUUCCCAGCGCCCAUAGAGGAACUGGAAAUGGCGUUGCCGUGGCUUGCAAUCGCAUCAUGGGCAUUAUCUCAGCGGUGGUGGCAUCGGAGGCCAAUACAGCUACGUCUGCGCCACUGUACGUUUGCGCUGCCAUCUUCAUCGUGACAGCUGUGGUUUCUGCGCUGUUCCCGUUCGAGCCGUAUGGUCGGCGAAGUUCAUAA